AUGCCUUUCGCGACCCUCUUCAAGGACAAGUCGUCCUCCAAGAACCAAGACCCCGACAAUGGCAUGACCCGCCAGCGCCAGACGGCCCUGGCUGUCAUCGACGCCUUCAACCGCAUCGACACCACGACCGUGUGGAAGCUGCGCGACCGCAGCUGCUGGCGUGAGAUCUACCCCAAGUCGCUGGGUGCCAUGCCGCAGGACAACGCCGCCUGCCAGCAGGCCCUCAACAUGCUGGCCAACACCUUCAAGGAGAUGCACAUGUCGGUGCACGAGAUCAUCGAGGACAUCCCUGCCCGCAAAGUGUGCCUCUGGAUCAUCGCCACCGGCCGCACCGUCUCCGGGCCCUUCACCAACGAGUACGUCUGGAGCCUGGAGUUCGACGAGACGGGCAGCCAGAUCAUCCGCUGGAAGGAGUUCGCCGACGCCAUCUCCACCAAGAACCUGUUCCCCGAGCUGAUGGCCGCCCACACGGGCAACGACACGGCCUCGCAGAACGACUCGUCCUCGAUCCGCAGCGGCGGCACCUCCGUCGGCCGCAACACCGCCAGCACCAACCCCAUCCACGACGGCCUGCCCACCCGCGCCGACAGCAUGGUCUCGACCGCCUCGCGCGCCUCCUCCAACGUCUCGUCCCCGGGCCUGUCGCACGUCUCGUCCUCGCAGCACAGCCAGCAGCCGCUGUACCAGCCCCAAGCCCAGCACGUCAUGGCCAGCAGCCCGCUGCAACAGCAACAUCCGAGCCUGGACGGCCCGCUGCCGCCCACCCCGCCAGGACAGCAACAGAACUCCGGCUCCAAGCCCACCACCCCGCGCCCCAACUCGCAAUUACCACCCACCCGUUCGCUGCGGGGCGUGCCGACCGAGAUCCAGGGCAACGGUCGGACCCUGGGUACCUUGCGCUGA